UGGUCAGUGUAUUGAUCAGUGUAUUGUGUCUCGUCUCCUCCAGACUGCAGGACCCCCAGACAGGAUGGGAGGGGACACCUGUCCUCACAAGUUGGGAUCCACCAAUCAGCUGCAGCGGCUGCUCUUCUACAUCCUGAUUCCAGCUGUGAGCCUGCUGGGAGUCCUGCUGCUGGGCCUGGGCCUGACCGGUAUUUUUGGCAGCGACCUGUCAGACUCCGCCCCCCUCCCCUCCCCUGAGCACAUCGCCGACAACAACCGUGGUUACCAUGGCAACAGCACAAGCAGCCCCUCCUCCUCGUGGUUCGAGGCCGACAACGUCACGUUUGUUCUCCGAAGCCACGGCGACGUCCCGGCGAACCGCAGCGCGAGCACAGCCGUCCCUCCGAUUACCUCCUCUCAGGCCCCGCCCACACAGCCCCGCACCAAGCCUCCUGAUUGGAUGGCGGCCGUGACGGCGCUCAGCACGGCCUGGCCAAUGGGCACGACUCCAACACCUGACACAGCCCGCUGUGAGCCCAUCAGCCUGGAGCUGUGCAUGAACCUGCCCUACAACCUGACCAGCUUCCCCAACUUCCUGGGCCACCAGUCCCAGAGGGAGAGCUCCGUGUCCUGGGAGUCCUCGCUGUUCCCGGCGCUGGUCCAGACCGGCUGCUACCAGUACCUCAUGUUCUACGCCUGCACGCUGCUGGUGCCCAAGUGUGACCCGCUCAGCCUGCAGAGGGUCCCGCCCUGCAGGUCCAAACCCAGUUACCCUGCUCUGAUAGUCCCCACCGUCCUGACUAAACCAUCAGUAGUCAUCAAUCUGAAGCCUCUGAGAUUUGUCGUGGAGUCUUUCUCCCAUUGCGUGUGCGAUCCGACUCGUGAGCAUCGCUGCGCCGACGGCCGCUGUGUGUCCAGAGACUGGUUGUGCGACGGAGAUCACGACUGUCUCGACAAGAGCGACGAACUCAACUGCUCCUGCAAGAGCCAGGGUCUGCUGGAGUGCAGCAACGGUCAGUGCAUCCCUUCAGCGUUUCGCUGCGACGGAGAGGACGACUGCAAGGACGGCAGCGAUGAAGAGCACUGCAGCCGAGAGCAGAUGUCAUCUCCACAACCGUUCAUCAGCCAGAAACAGGAGCCGCCACCGACUGAGACCAGCAGGGACACCGUCGGAGAGGUUUCAGCUGAACGGCAGGCAGUGUUUCCAGAGAGCAGAGAGGGGACGACAGAGACCACAAGAAGAGUCAGAAACCACCGAAAAGAGAGGGUUGUGUUGCCUUGUGCGUCGUUCUGCGAGGCGGCGAGGGAAGGUUGUGAGCCCGUCCUCCAGAUGUUUAACGCUUCCUGGCCCGAGUUCCUGCGCUGCUCACAGUUCAGCAACGCCACCACCGCCCCGCCGCCAUCUUCACCUUCAUCAUCACCUUCAUCUUCACCACCAUCACCCUCCUCCUCCUCUUCAUCAGCUGCUGCCUGCUACACACCACGGCAGAUCAAAGGGAAACCCUCUGUAUGUGGCGGGAAGGACCACUUCCUGUGUGCGACGGGCAUCUGUGUUCCUCAGAAACUGGUGUGUAACGGAUACAACGACUGCGAUGACUGGAGCGACGAAACACACUGUGUGUGUCCAGAUGCAGAGUUUCGCUGCAACACCGGCCGAUGUUUGUCUCCAGCGCUGGUCUGUGACGGAUACGACGACUGUGGAGACCUGAGUGAUGAACACAACUGUGCCUUCAUUUGUCAACAUGAAUACGUUUUUGUUGCCGUGGUGACAGAGUGCUCUCCCAGUCACUUCAAGUGCCGCUCUGGUCGCUGCGUUCUGGCGACCAAGCGCUGCGACGGACACCUGGACUGCGACGACCACAGCGACGAGGACGAGUGCGGCUGUUCUGAGCGCGCUCUGUGGGAGUGUCCCGGCAGUAAGGUGUGCAUCAAGGCCAGCAUGAUCUGCGACGGCUUCCCAGACUGCCCCCUGCUGGUGGACGAGGCCAACUGCUCGGUGUGCAGCGAUAACGAGCUGUCCUGUAACAACCACCAGUGUGUCCAUCGGACUCUGUGGUGCGACGGGAAGAAGCACUGCUCAGACAGCUCAGACGAAUGGAACUGCGUCGCUCUGUCGGAUCAGUCGGGUUCUGUGCUGACGGUGUUUAAGACGGCAGCAGAGUACCAGGUCUGUGCAGACGAGUGGAACCACGAGUUGAGCAAACUGACCUGCAGCCAGCUGGGACUAGGGGUUCCCUCCUCUGUUUCCAUGGUAACCGACCAGCCGGGCGUCCCGGGCCGUCGCCGUUGGUUACACGUCCAUCCAGAGUGGAACCUGAGGAACAGUUCUGCUCUUCAGGCCCGGCUGGAGAAGAGAAGUCACGCCUGUCAUUCCAGGAGGAGAGUUUCAGUCCUUUGCACCAGAGAAGAGUGUGGUCAGCGCCCGGCGGUGGGCGUCCACCCUCACAGGAAGAAAAGGAUUCUGGGAGGCCGGGUGUCACGGCGGGGGGCGUGGCCAUGGCAGUGCUCGCUGCAGAGCGGUCAGAGCGGACACGUCUGCGGCUGCGUCCUCAUCGGCCGGCGGUGGGCGCUGACGGUCGCACACUGCUUUGAGGGGAGGGAGAGUGCUGAUCUGUGGAAGGUGGUUCUGGGCCUCAGUAACCUCGACCAUCCCGGCGUCCACAGCCAGAGCCGUGGCGUUCGCUCCAUCAUCGUGCACCCGCGCUACAACCGGGCCGUGGUCGACUACGACAUCAGCGUGGUGCAGCUCGACUCUGAGGUGGACGAGACGCCCUUCGUCAGACCAGUGUGUCUUCCUCUACCUGGCCAGCUGCCGUCGCCGGACUCCUACUGCUACAUCACCGGCUGGGGUCACAUGGGCAACAGGACGUCUCUUCUGUGUGUUCAGGGCGACAGCGGCGGCCCGCUGGUCUGCGAGGACGAUGGCGGCCGCUGGACGCUGUUCGGCCUGACGUCGUGGGGCAGCGUCUGCUUCAGCAAAGUGCUCGGACCCGGAGUUUACAGCAACGUGACGCAUUUCACGCCGUGGAUCCACCAGCAGAUCUACAUCCAGACGUACCUGAGCGACUGAACUGAGCGCCCGUUCAUUCCAGGAGGAGGUGAUGUCAUCAUCGGGCGCCACACACCUUCAGUUCCUCUACCUGUGCCUAUAUCUAUACUGGUCGCCUUCAGACGCUGGCUGCCCACCGAGCAGUCGUAGGAUUAUUAGUGCCACAGAUGCUAAUGAGCUAGCUAGUUGUCGAUGAGUAGAGCUCACAUUCAUACGAUGAAACAUUCACUCAAUUCUUAUGAUCGUUUUCUAGUUCAGAAAGGAGAAGAAUCUUGUAAAUCGUGAGGUUUAACCACUGAUGUUUCACACCAGGAAUCUGCUGCUUGCUGGAGGAGGAGGCGUCCUGAUAAAUUCUAAUCCAAACACCGAUCCUCUGAAUCGUUGUAAGUCAGCGUGGCUCCGUCAGACUCACCGAUGAGCCUCAACACCAGAGCAGCUGCACAGAUUCAGUUCUUCUCGUGUUCUGGCCGAUCAGUGGGAAAAAUAUCCUGAACUUGGUGUUAAAAACAGAUGAAAAGGUUCCCGCCAAUUUUAUGUCGUCGUUUGUUUUGAACAUUCUUGAAUUUAUCCUAAAUAAUGAUAAAUGGCUGUCAACAUCUGUUUCAAAUGUGGCCUCAGUUCAGGACUCGAACUGGAGCAUCAGCCCUAAAACCAGAGCGGUGUCACGUUGAAGCUCAGCAGAUUCACUGUAAACCCCGUGAAGAGCCUCCAGUGUCGGCAGUAAACCUCAGACCGUUUGAAAAAGCAUCAGUGGUGGUUGAAUGUCACGGUGAAACUCAGCUUUCUGUGCGUUCACAUGAAGGUUUCCUCUCAUUCUAAACUUGUUGUUGUGUUAAAUCUCCACGGUACAAACGUCUUCUUCAGCUCAGCGGUUAAACUUUGGACUCUCAUAGAAACAGGCCCGUAUUUGAAGCUAAUUUCCCCGAAAGCUUCUGAAAAUUUCCAGAAACGCAGCCGUUAAUGACAUUUCUAAAAGUGGUGCUGAUCAAAUGUGAGAAAGUUGCUCCAGUAAGUAGCUUGUACUUAUAUUUAGGAGAAAAUAAUAAUGCAGCCGAUGAACUAACGUCGUAGACAUUUACUGAUCGAGAACCCUCAGAGGAAACUCUGACCUCCUUUCACUGAAACUUGCAGAGCGUUCAGAACUGGAGCCACCAACACCAGGUGUAGCACCAAUACUCUGUGAUUUAAGGCUGAACAGCGGCUUGGUUUGAGGAAAGUUUCCAGGAGAGCAGCUGUGCAAUGAACCAAGCAGCUGUUGAGCUGAAAGCAGAGCAGCUGAGAAGUCAACCUCCCACAAUGCUUCACUCUAUAGUGCCUGUACCUAAAGUUAGCAGUCAAACCUUGUUACCUGUACAAUGUCGUACUGUAUGUGUGAGUGAGGGUGAAUGUCAGAGAGAACGGUGAGUUUCUUUGCUUCUGAAUGCAACGGCAACUUAUUUGGGCAACUUUUAUGGUCAACACUUUAUGUCUGUGUGAGAUAAUUGACUUUAGCCCCUCCCACAGCCUUUAACAUGCGUAACAGUGCGUUAGGAGGCGACGGGAGCUUCGUUAGUGUUUGUUCAGAAGUGCAGCCGCUGACGAGACCUGAAGUUUGAACAAAUCCUCAACAUCCACGCGCAACGUGUCAGAGUGUUUAAAAAAGAUUCAACUAAACCAACAGGAAAGUCAAAGCAGAGCAAAAAAUGGAAAUAUUCAAACAACUGCUUCUAACUGCAGCAUAUCGCUAACAUGGAUACCAAUGCUAACACGUAUUAGCCUUACCUCUUGUAGCUUUAGUUAGCUCGCAGACUCACUAACACAAACGAUUAACUGCCAAUUUAGCGCCAGCUAGAAUAUAAAGCACAAAUGUAGCACACUGACAGUAUACAACAUUUAUGUGUUUAUUAGCAGUAGCACUGAGCUACGUUAGCUUCGCCAUGUAUUCACAAGCCAGUGAUGUCCAGCUGUUUUCACUGGCAAGAUGUUGUAGCUCAAGUUAAAGCUAGUAAUUGAAAAAAGUAUAUCAACUGCAGGACGUUGUGGACCAUUUUAGGGCAACCUGAACUUCUUUACGUACUCGUAUGACUCGAGGUGUGAACCUGCCUGCUGACGGAUGCAUGACUGCGUUUGAGGCGCUCGACAGUCGGUGCUUCUAACGCUGUCCUGAGCUCCGUCCCCAGCAGGUUUAGUUACAGCAGCACCUUGAGCAGCUUUAGCAUUAAAAAAACACCUUCAACCAU